AUGACUCCUUCAAAUCCGCCAUUGCGCUUGUCGGUUACUACGGCGCAUGAUGAGAAGGACCUCACAUUACAGACUCCAACCUCGGGCUCGGCCUUGACGCCCCCGGUUACCCCGAUUGCAAAGGAAAUCGCCGACGCCGAACGGUCAAUUCCAAGUCCACUGGAGGAACCAUCCCCGGAACAAACAGCAGCGCAAGUAAAGCGAAACAUCAACACUCCUCUGCGCUUCACCGACGAAAUCGAAAUCUGUCGCGAUGGCGAGGACUGCCCCGUCGAGUUUGGUCGUGGCGCUUGGAGUAUAGUAUACAAGGCGCGCUCAACUCCAAACGUCACAACCACUCAUCUUCAUACUCCGCCCAGCUCACCGGUCACCACUAGCCGGGUACUAGCCGUGAAAGCACCAUUGCGCCGCGAUGCGCGCAAGGUAUUACAGAGCGAGGCACUAACGCUGACCCGACUCAACCUCACCCCGGGCUUUGAACGACACGUCGUCCCCUUCCACGGCUUUCUAUCCGACUCCGACGCACUGGUCAUGUCCGCCGUGCCCUUGUCAUUAUCAACAUACAUCGAAGACCAGGCUGAUCUACGAAAGCAACAGCCUUCAACGGCGACAAUGUUCGAUCCCGUUCAAGGACCGGAAGCUUGGCGCGACAUGGCGCGCAAAUUGAUAACGAGUCUUGCUUGGCUGCAUGAUACAGCGGGGAUUAUCCAUGGGGAUAUCAAGCCUCACAAUAUUCUCCUGCGUCCAAUUGCCACCGACGAACCUGGUCUCGAGGCAGGCGCUUUUCCCUACGAACCUCUUUUGGCGGAUUUCUCUUCCGCUUUUGAUAUCCCCUCAGACGCUACGCCAGCCCCGGAUGCAAAUCAAGCUGCCAUGUCAGCAUUCACGCCGCCAUUCACAGCACCGGAGUUACUCUCGCUCGCGUCGCUCAAGUCUGGUGACGUCGCGCCAACGCCCGCCUCGGAUGUCUUUUCCCUCGCGGCUACCCUUAUGGCUGCUGCGACGGGUGAUCUCCUUCUCUACCCGGGCUCGAAUAAUAUGCAGCGUCUGGCCAUGGCUCGUGACGGCCAUCGAAUCCUGGACUUUACUCGCGCUGGUUCGAAUGGCUGCCGCGUGCCGCGGAAUGGCUUCGUUGAGAAGCUUGUUCAACCGGCUGUUUUCAAGGAUCCGGCGCAGCGAAUUUCGACCCGCGACUGGGUGGCUUUGGCUUCUUCGUGA